GUCCGCUGCCAUGUGAGCGACAGCAGUUCAUUUCACACCUUUAGCUUUCAUUCAAUUUGUUCACUAAUCCUUUGUUCGCACUCACAUCUGAUGGUGUGGAACGAGGAUUUCGGCCUCUUCUCGAAGCUUUCUCCGAGCCUCAGAACAUGCUCCUCUUUGUCCAGCAGCGGGUAACGAGUAGUGGAUAAUAUUUAACGCCCCGCGGCGAGGAACUGACUGCAUUGGAACAGCGACACGGAUGGAUUUGAUUGACGGACAACAUGGACGCCUACUUGUUCAGCAAGAUUUUUAUUUAUUUUUACAAUGAUUUAGUUUAAGCACCAUUAAGUUAAGUAAAACGUACGUCAACUUUGCUUUUGUUAAAAUUUACAACUAAUAAAACUACCAACAGAAACUGUGAGGUGGUAAAACUCUCGUAUUUCUCAAGGCAGCAUGGCACUGUCAAAAAAUGAAAGUUUUCCCGGGGAUAUGAAAGUGACAGCUCCUCAAGAAGAGAUGGGGUCGAAAGGAGAAAUGGCCCCGUGUGUCGCAGGACAAAAUGUUUCCAUGACCACCGCUAGAGUUUUAACCCGGGAGGAGCUGGACAAAAUCAGCGGGGAGCGGACUCUGGUGUCGGGCUUCAAACAGAUGAAGCUGGAGACAGACGCUAAGAAAAAUUGGGACUUGUUUUACAAAAGAAAUACGACGAAUUUUUUCAAGGACAGACACUGGACCACCAGGGAAUUUGAGGAGCUCAAGGCGUGCAGAGAGUUUGAGUCUCAGAGGUUGGUGCUGCUGGAAGCUGGCUGCGGUGUAGGAAACUGCAUCUUCCCCCUGCUCGAGGACGACCUCAACAUCUUUGUUUAUGCCUGUGACUUCUCACCACGAGCUGUUGAAUUUGUCAAACAAAACCCUCUGUACUGCCCCGAGCGCUGCUGUGCCUUCCAGUGCGAUUUAACCAAAGACGAUCUGAGGACAAACGUGCCGGAGGAUAGCGUGGACGUCGUCACGCUCAUCUUCGUUCUGUCUGCCGUCCAUCCCGAUAAGAUGAAGCUGGCUUUGCAGAACAUCUUCAGGGUCCUGAAGCCUGGAGGCAUUGUCCUGUUUAGAGACUACGGCCUGUAUGACCACGCCAUGCUCCGAUUUAAAGCUGGCAGUAAGCUGGGGGAGAACUUUUAUGUACGCCAAGACGGAACCAGGUCAUACUUCUUCUGCAAAGAAUUCCUGGCUGAGCUCUUUGCAGAUGCAGGCUUCAGUUCUGUUGCUAACGACUACGUCCUGAGAGAGACGGUCAACAAAAAGGAGGGGCUUUGUGUUCCCAGGGUGUUCCUGCAGAGCAAAUUUACCAAGCCCAGACAAUCGGACGGCUCCUGAGGUGUCCCCCAGGGUUCGGCGCUUGGUCCUCUACUGUUCAUCUUCUACAUUCUUCCCCUCGGCAAUAUCAUACACCGUCAUGUCAUUCACUUCCACUGCUAUGCCGAUGACGUCCAGCUCUACAUCUCCACUAAAGCCAUCACCUCUGCAACUCUGCAACUAACUCCCCUUUGACCAACUGCCUCACUGAUAUUAAAUCCUGGAUGCAAGUCAACUUCCUCCAACUCAACUACAAUGAAUCAUGAUCAUCAUCGGCCCCAAAUCCCUCACCCUCAUAACUUCUGCCUCAACAUCGACAACUCCACUCUGUCUCCCUCCCCUCAAAUCCGUAACCUUGGAGUUAUUUUUGACAGCAACCUCACCAGAACAGACUUUUUUCCACAUCACUCUCCUUCUCUACUGCUGAAAACCUUGAUUGUCGCCUUCAUCACAUCCAGGAUUGACUACUGCAACAACAUUCUCUACGGUUCAUCAUCCAAAGUCCUCAAUAAACUGCAGUACAUCCAAAACUCUGCUGCCCGUCAGCUCACCCAUCCCCGCCCCGUGACCACAUCACCCCUCUCCUCCAGGAACUCCACUGGCUCCCUGUCCCACAAUGAAUACACUUCAAAGUCCUUCUGCUCACUUACCAGGCCCCCUCCUACCUCACCGACUUGCUCCACCACCACAGUCCUUCCCGCAGCCUUCGUUCAUCUGAUGCCAACCUGCUGUCUCCACCCCUCAGUCCCAAGCACUGAACCUGAGGCAGCAGAGCCUUCUCCAUCGCUGCCCCCACCCUCUGGAACUCUCUCCCCAAACAUAUGUGUGGUUUUAUUGUAUGAUUAUUACUAUGUGAUUUGUAUUAGUUUUUUAGUGUGUUGUUUUAUGUAAAGUCUCUUUGAUAGUUUUUAUAGUUUUAUAGUCAUAACUGAUCAACUAUAUUGCUCAGACAAAUGGUGCUAUUACCAAUGUCAAAGAACAACAAUACGAUAAACCUCAGAUGCAGAGGAAAUCAGACUUUUAAAAAAUAAACUUUUAGGUGGUUUUUCAUCAGAAGGUCGUUAGAUCUGAUCACCCACAGGUGACAGAUUUAAAAAAACAGACGGGCACUUUGUGCUCAAUAUGUUUUAGAAAUAUAUCUUUAGUUGUGUGAAACAGUUAUGACCCAAAAUCUCGUCCCAAUUUUUUGGUAAUUCAAACCAAGAUAAGUAAACAUCACGAUAUAAGCAUAUUUCUGCAAAAUAAGGGAAUAAAUAGCUAUUUGGCAAAAGA